AUGUCACUUCUUUUAACCACCCCUAGUAGUCUCGCCUUGUCCGCUACUGAUUUUUUCGCAUCUGAUCUGUGUACAGUCCACUCAACAAACACCAAAACCUGCAAUAAUGACUGGAUAUCGAAACCAGGAACUUGUUACGAAGACACUUGUUGUACCAGUUUUGAGACUGCCACGUCAUGGUACUAUCGAUUGGCUCAAGGAUCCCAUGUGAUUUUUAGCUUACUAGGAUUACUAGUCAUUAUCAUUUAUGCAUCGAAAUAUUCUUCGAAACACAUGUUACCAGACAAUGUGAGAGUUUUGGUGAAUAUAAUGUUGAUUCUAAUGUUUGCUCACUCCAUUGACAUGAUCAUGAUACAUGUCUAUCACAUAUCUCAAUCCUAUAAAGCAAUUGUUUCCAAUCCAUGCGCAGUGCGAGUUCAAGUUUCAUUCUGUGCUCUUUUCCGGUACACAUUCUCAUUUUGUACGUUGGGUCUAGCGUUUUGUCAGUAUUGUCUCUAUAUUGAUCGACUCCUGUGUGCUUUCUACAAUGACUACUUAAAAUAUCAGAAAGUUAUUCAGUACUUGCUGGUGUUGAAAUGGAUCAUCUUGUCGGCAGGGGUGAUUGCGUGGGUCUAUCGUGAAGAAGACUCUGAAUCUUAUCUCCUUUCUUGUCUGAAUAUUCCACUUGAUUCUAUGAAGCUUUGUACCAAAAAUUUGGAUUCCAGAAGCCGCUUCGAAAUCAACAGUCAUUUCACAGCGGCAGUCGACGUGGAGUCUUCUGAAUUCUUGUACAUUGUAACCAUAAGUCAAGCAGUUUUCAUUGUGAUCUACCCAGUUUUGUCACUUUCCAUGCGGUUUUUCUACGAAGACACCCCCAGACCAUUACAUCUCACAAUUGCCACAUUAUCUUAUGUGUUCAGUAUUUACUGUUUUGUGAUUCCGUUGGUGAUGGUAGAUUACGGAAGAAAACGAGAUGGCACCAGAAGAACGAGAAUAUGGAGUCAUGUCAAGUUGAAGUCAGUGGGAAAAGAAGGAGCAGACAACUAUUUCGGAAUGAUGAAGUCUCAAUGGGAGUGA